UUUCUUUUCAUUCAAACACCAUGUUUUGUUGGGGAGAAAUUCAACAUAAGAAAACUAGUGAAGAACACCUCUUGAUUUGAUUGACACUGCUUGUAUAAGACUUGACUUUUAGUUGGAAAUUGUCUCUCAACAAGAGGUACAAAGUGUAUCAAAUAGUUUCUGGUUUCAAAUUUAUUUCGCAUCAAUUUUGCCUUAGUGUGUCAAGGUACAACUAAGGCAAAAUCAACCGCAAACCAAAACUAAACACCAAAUUUGUGCAUCUCAACGUCACACCAGGAAGUAAGUGUCUCUAUGGGUUAACUUAACACAUACCAGAAUCAUUAUUAAGUUGGGCAAUUGCCUUUACUCCCAUGGUAGCUGCUUUAUGGAUUAGCAAUUUAACACAUAUCACGGUUAUUAUUAAAUUGGUCAACUAACCCUCACUCCCCUGAUCAUUAAAUUCUAUGGGCUAACACAUAACUGAAUCAUUAUUUAGUUUAGCAACCUGCCCUCCCUAUCCUGAAUAACAAACUCGGGUUAAUACUGACCAGAAAAGUAAAGGGAAAAGUAUGUGACAUGGCCUUCUUUUCUCCACUUUUUUAUAUAGGAGCAUGGGAAGAAGCAGAGUAUAAGCAAAAGCAUUCCAGAAUAUGAUAUUGCUAUCGUUGGAGGUGGCAUGGUUGGCAUGGCUUUAGCUUGUUUCUUAGGAACGAAAUUUAUCUAUCUUCAAUCAUCCCGGCCGAUCGCAUGGAACUUGUAAGAGUCGGUAUUUAAAUGAUAUGGAAUUACAUGCUGCCCAUUUGCAUAUCCUACUUAACUGUGACGAAGUUAAACCAUAUAUAAAAUUCUUUGAGCAACACUUGGUGGCAACCUUUCCAAAUAUCUCUCAAGCUGAUAUUGAUGGUCUUACUGCAUCUGAGUUUCCAACUUGGUUUCGAUCGUAUGUUCAUGAUAGAAAUAACAUGGUAAUAGAUCAGUUAUUACACCAUUUAGCAUGGGGUCCUAAGAAAAAGGUGGAGACUUGGCCUAUUUACUUUGUCAAUGGUUUUAAGUUUCAUACAGAAGAGUGGACUUUCAAUAAGAAAACCAUCAAUUCUGGAGUUUGUGUUGAGGGUGAUGAUGAAGAGGAUGAACACUAUUAUUAUGGUGUCCUUAAAGAGAUUUUGCGGCUAGAGUACCCAGGUGAACCAAUCAAACAAUUAGUGUUAUUUAACUGUGAAUGGUUUGAUUCUGUCAUCAAUCGUGGGAUGAAGGUUAAUAAAGAAUAUGACAUUGUGGAGGUUCAUCGUUCUAGAAGGUAUUCAAAAUAUGACCCUUUCAUAUUUGCAACAAAUGCGAUUCAAGUGUACUACAUGCCUUACCCAAAACACAUAAAAGAAAAAGUUGAUUGGUGGGUUGUUACUAAAACCAAACCAAUGGGUACAGUUGAUGAUCGGUAUGCAUUGGAGUUUGCAUUUCAAGAUACAACAACUCAUGUGGACCCGGUUUCAAAUGAAGAGCUAGAUGGUCACUUGAGAGAUGAUGAAGCUUUAUAUGAGGAAGUGGAUGAGGAUGAGGAUGAGGAUGAGGAUGAGGAUAAGGAUGAGGAUGAGGAUGAGAAUGAGAAUGAGAAUGAAUAUACAUCUUCAAAUGAUGAUAAUUAGAAUGUGGCAUUAUGUUUUUCUUAUGUGAGAUGUCUGACAAAGAUUGAGGCAAAACCAAAACUCUAAGAGGAAAAUCAUCUAAAAAGCAUUCAAAGGGGCUAACUCACAAUGGUAUUCUAACUUCAGCUUCAACACAUGUUGCAAUGUCAUCACAUAUGACAACUCAUGUCCCACCAAGUCAAUCAACUUCUUCUACAUAUGUCCCACCAACUCAAUCAACUCCUUCCACUAAUGUCCCACCAACUCCUAAUGUGGUACAAGAUUGCACUAAUGUCUCACCAACUCAAUCAACUCCUUCCACCAAUGUACAAGAUUCCACCAAUGUCUCACCAUCUGAAAAUGGAUCAAAUGAUUGCAAACCUACAUUCAACCUUGAUGGAGAAGGGUUUUUACCUUCGCAUCCUGCUGCUAAUGCCAUCACUGAUAUCUUUCGAAGUUAUUAUAAUGAACCAUGGCCAACAUGGAGGAAGAUACCAGAAAAUAGGAGAACUAUGAUGUUUGGAGAGUUCAUGAAGAAAUACUCUGUUUGUCCACCUGAUGCUAUAUGGGCUAGAAAUAACUUUGAAUCUCGAGGUCAAAAACUGAUGAAAGAUAGUUUGAGUAAGGCUCAUAGAGAUCAGAAGAAGCCAAGGUGGCUUGGAGAUCAUGUAUGGAAUGGGCUAUGUGAUCAUUGGGAAACUCCGAAGUUCAAGGAGAAAAGUGUCAAAGCAAAGGCAAAUCGGGCAUCUGAUCGUGAAGGAUUUGGAGGGACCCUUCACAUUGGUGGCUCUAUCACAACAUCUCAACAUAGAGACAAUUUGAUGAAGAAAAAUGGAUUCAACCCUUCUCCACUAGACUUGUUUCGCUCUACACAUCAACGCAAGGAUGGUACAUUUGUGGACAAGAAAUCAGAGCAUGUAGAUGGUGCAUAUGUGCGUGAAAUGGAAGAUAGGACGCAAAGAGCAUCUGAGCAAAAUCUUCCUCCGCCAAGUGAGCUAGAUGUGUGGCGUGAUGUGGCUGGCAUGAAAAAGGGUAGAAUAUAUGGGUUGGGAUUGGAGUCCACUGUUAUCAAUAAACAAUAUCAUGGCUCAUGUUCUUCAUCAUCUGAAUGGGUAAGAAGAUCAGAAUUUGAUCAAUUGAGAAACACUAUUAUGGAGGAGACUCAAAGAAUGGUAAAACAAAUGAUGGAAGAAAGGAUGCAACAACCACCAAUGCCAACCCCAAGAGGAGUUAGAAACUGAUGAGUCAGAGAAUGAGGAGGAUCUUGGUGUUUUUCCAUGAAAACUUUGUCAAGCUUUGUUUCUAUAUUUAAUGUAAUAGACUAUGUUUAAUGUAAUAGUAAUCUACUAGACUAGUUUAAGUAGUU